CAGCAGCAGCUCCUCGGGGACCUCGUCGAGCUCGGUCUCUUGUACCGCAGCAACUCGCGCGCGACACGCUUUUACACGACGAGCUUGGCCGUCAACCUCAUCUUUGGCGGGCUCGCGGGCCAGACGCGCCCGCGAUUCAAAUGAACCAGUCGCUUGAGAGCUUUCAUCAGGCCGCGACCGUCCCCAAGGGUCCGAGCGAGGCCGGCGGCGCGUCGGCGUCGCACCUCAGCAUCAUUGUCGAGACCAACUUCAAGGUCUAUGCGUACACGUCGUCGAGCCUACACAUUGCGAUGCUGAGUGUGUUUGUGGACAUUGUUGUUCGGCUCAAGAACAUGGCGGUGGGCUUCUUGACACGCGAGAGCAUUCGGUCGGCGCUCAUCCACGGCAUUUCGGCCGAGCAGAUUUACGACUUUUUGAUGCAGCACGCGCACCCCAAGAUGGUGCAAAACACGCCCGUGAUCCCGGAAAACAUUGCCGACCAACUGUACCUCUGGCAACGCGAACGCAACCGGAUCCAGUUUGUGCCAGGCGAGCUCCUCGAAGGCUUUACGCUCUCGGAGGAAUUUGCGGCCGUCGUGCUGUACGCACGGGAUCUCGACGUCCUCACGUGGAGCGAUGCGUCGCAGCACAAGCUCACCGUCGCGCAGCACGGCGCCGACGCGGUCCGCAAGUACAUCCAGUCGCUGCGCGGGUAAGACUGACACAUAAGCACAUGCUUGUUGCCUACCAUCUUGCGCCUUGCACAACAC